AUGAGGAUGCUGCAUCACUGCUUUCCACUCGAAACCAUAACGUCCCUUCUGAGCGUACCCAACACCAUAGUCAUCUUCCUGGUGCCGAUUCAGAUGGUCUUCAGUCCGCAACUAUGCAGCUACACUCGAGUACCACGAGCGAAAGGAAGCUGUAUCCAAGUACAAGCAUUCAAUCCGGACCUGUUGAGCCACAUAGAGAGCCUGCAGAAGAAGCUCGACGACGCGCAAACUCGAGAAAGUCAUUACUAUGAUCGGAUGAUCCAAGAGGCUCAGCAGAGACGGGACCUUGAGUCCAGGAUGGAGCGCGGUCGAUUCAUAGCAGUGCUCAUCAAUGGGAAUCAUAAGCUUUUCCGAAACGAUCUGUUGCUCGAUGGUCUUUCUGGUGGUAUCGAAGCCGGAAAGCAGCUACGUGCCAGCGUUAGGAGCUUCCACGAGUGUAACCCUUUACAUCGAGCCCAGGAUAAGAUUCUGGUAUACAUCUCAGCGGACCUCAAGCACCUCAGUCAGGUCUGCGGUCGAUCAGACGACGCCCACGUGGACCUGCUUCGUCGUUUCUUUGUCGGUCUGAACCAGAGCGAUCCGCUGACGACUUUCGUCGACUCAGGCGAUCGUAGCAACAGCUGCGACAGUCUGAAAGCGAUGUUCGAAUUCCAUCUCCAAAACAAACACUGUCAGCACGUCUUCUUUGCAGGCUUCGCCGGCUGCGCGGACUGCUCUGCCUUCAUCGACGCUUUCGCCGUCGCAGAUCCAGAGUUCCCAGUCAAGGUCACCGAGUUACGCACAACCAAGGACCGGCCCUGGACUAGCUCGCAACACCCACUGAUUGAUUUCGACAACAUCCUUUGCGAUGUACUCGACGUUCGGCUCGGCGCGGGCCCGCUGAAGACAAAUAUGACACGCGCUGCAGGACACUAUAACACAGCUGCCCAGAACCAGCACCCUGAGUCUAUCAUAAGGAUGCCAUCCCAACAUCGACCAAUGAAGAGGCUGCGGUCAGAUGACUCUACCGACGAGGAUGCCCCACCACCAGCCUAUAAAGAUCUUGAAGGACUUGCGAAGUAUACACGGAUUGCCAACAGUCCAGAAUAUGAUCCGCGUCGGCCUUCUAUGGUAGUGGAGGAUGUUCGUCCACCUCAAGUUGCUUUUGUCAACCAGUAUGACCAGCGACUUGACCUCCCUGUGACGUUUGAUCGGCAAUUCCUUCGAUACCUCUUCAUUGAGAAACCCAAGCUCUGCAACAAUCACUACCUCCGAGGCUUCUGCGGAUAUGGCAACAAUUGCAAGUGGGAUCAUUCUGUUGACCUGUCUCCAAUGGAGAUCAACUCCUUGCGACAGAAAGCACGUACAUCGGCUUGCUGCGACCCUCAUUGUAUCGACGCUGCAUGCACUCUAGGUCACGAGUGUCGACGCCCUAGUGGCCAAUGUCGCAUGGAAGACUGUAAAUUCCUGCCCGAGCAACAUGAUCUAGUGGUGGAGGAGGUAUUCGAGGUCGAUCCUAAGACCAUGACGCGACGCAAGAGUUCCAUCGCUCCAUUCCGGAAGACUAAUACUAACGACGAUCGGUCUUUCUUGAGGCCAGACGUUACGAUCAAGUCAGAAUCCUCGAGCUCCAAUGGUGACUAUAGAAAUCUGAACGGCAUACGAGCGGCGGAUGAGUUCCUGAACGGUUUAGAGCCAAAUCCCGAGAGCGCGAGUCGUCGAUUUGGUCGCAAGAACGCGAGCGACUACUUUGAUUGA